GUAUUUGGCCACUAGGUAGGAGGGUUUUAUUGCCAUCGUGCUUUUCUGAUUUCACCGUGGGUUUUGAUAGAGACAGAAGACGGAGUUAGCGAAUUGGGGGAAAGAAGAGGAACUUCAAGAUUGGAUGCCCAAGGCUGAGAAGGUUGGUGGGGAUUUGAGGGGGUGCUUAGCCUACUUUACAGACUACUGUCUUCUGGGCAAUGAAGCACUGUUCUGCAUAAUUACAAGUAUAGAGGGCAUUCCGGAGCAGCAAGGUGAUAAAACCUGUGGGUUUUGGAUUAUGCAUUACAUGAAGGACAUAGUGGAGGACAAGAACCAAGAGUGGAGUGCUAAGUGGGACAGAAAGGGAAGCAAUAUGUACACACAAAAUGAUAUUGAUAAGGUUCGGGCCGAGUGGGCACAAUAUGUUGCCCAAUUUCAAGAAAGCUAGUGCCUAACUCUUAUAUAUAUCUGCUUUUGGACAUGCAUCACCUAUAUAACCCAGUUUAGGAAGCUAUAGGUACUAGUUUUUUGCUUUACAUGCUCGAUACUGUGAUGUUUGUUGCAUUGCCUUUAUCGAUCAUGUCUUUUGUUUCAUGGAUGGGGUUGUAUUGAACUGAUGCAUAGCAGGUUGUGUAAUAUACUAAAUGAUUUGCCAGUUUGAUGAAAUGACAUUUUCUGGAUUUCCAGAUUA